AUGCCUGAAUUCCAUGCUAAACCAUAUUUUUCGGUUCUUUUAAUACGUGAGUCAAAUAGCAUUAAUGUAUUAUUGGAUGAUAAGAUAAUUUGUUACUAUGACUCUCAAGAAUUUAAAAAUUUUGUUAAGAUUGGCUCUGGAGGAUUUUCUACGGUUCAUGUCGCAUAUUGGAAGAACACAACAAAAUUUGCGAUUAAAGAAUUUAAUGAAAAUUUAAACUCCAUGGAAGAAAUUAUUAACGAAAUUAAUUUAAUGAUGAUAGCAUCUCAUCCAAAUAUAAUUCGAUUUUAUGGAGUUACGAAAUUAAAAGAUGAAUCGGAUGGAAUAAAUUAUUCAUUCGAAAUCCAAUUUAAGUUUGCCAAAGAAAUUACAGGUGCAAUUUUAUGGUUACAUGAUAACAAAAUCAUACAUGGAGAUCUUCAUUCCAAAAAUAUUUUAAUACAUCAAAAUACAAUAAAAUUAUCAGAUUUUGGAUGUUCACGUUUGCGUCAACAAGAAAAAGUUUCCUAUCUACCUACUAAACCACGUGGCAUAAUACCUUACGUUGAUCCUAAAAUUCUUAAUAAUGUUAAGGGUUACGAUUUAAACGAAAAAUCAGAUAUUUAUAGUUUAGGAGUUAUAUUCUGGGAAUUGACUAGUUGUUCAUCACCUUUCAAUUAUGAAACAAGGAAUGAUAAUGCAUCUAUUAUAUUAAAAAUUCUUGAUGGUGAAAGAGAAAAACCUAUUCCAAACACAAACGAUAAAUUCGUUGCGCUUUAUGAAGAAUGUUGGAGACAAGAACCAGAUGAAAGACCAAAUAUUCACAAAGUAAAUUCGGAACUUGAUAAAAUUAUUGAUUCUACUGAUCCUAAAGUCAGCACAAGCUUAGCAAAUAAUUUUAAAAAUGAAAGUGAAACAACAGUAAUAUUAAGAAAUGAUGAUUCUGACUUAUUGAACUUACCAAACUUACCAAGUUGCGAUGAUUGUGACAUAAAUUCCGAUAAGUAUCAAAUAUAA